AUGGUGUACCUUCGUUCUGAAAGGGAUCCAUGCCUUUCAAACAGGGACAGAGUUUGUGAUCGGAGUCACUUGGGCUUGUUCCUGAGGAUUUUGGUUACUUCCUCAGUAGACAAGGGGCUGGGCAGGCUGAGGAAGUGCACUGUUUUGCAGGAGGAGAUCCAGUGCCAGGAGAUACCUCUGCGAGGAAAGAUUAAAGGCUCCAAAAACAUCCAGGAUGGUGGCAUAGCUAUCGACAGGAAUUCAGACUGGAUCCUGGCUUGCCUGCAGAAGAAGCACCGCCGAGCCUUCACCACUACGGAGGAUAUGAACGGAGUCUGUACUCUGCUCACUGCUGACUUGCGCAGCACAGCUUUCCUCAACCUCACCAAGAUGGUUGAGACCAAAUUAAACAGCAUUCCAAGUAAAAACAGCAGAGAAAAGAUUAGCGACACCAGCAGCUCUGUCAGCGCAGACAACACCAGCGGUGCUUGUGGUGAGCUCUUUGGCAGCACAGGGAACAACCACAUGUGCAAAGAACUGGGAACAGAGAUUGCUGUCAUUCUGGGUGGAUCAGAGAACACCAAGCCAGAUGAUUUCCAAAAUGCCAAGACAUCUAUCCUCAGUAUGAUGAAGUCAAUGUGGCAGAAAUGCUCGAAGAUCAGGUUUGCUGUGGUGCAGCAUAGAGCACAGAUCCAAACUGAACUGAGCCUGCAAGAAAGCUGCGACAGACUAACUGCUUUCUUCAAAGUCCGAAACAUCAAGCAACAGAGCUCACGGACUGACAUCGCAGCUGCACUGCAGCAUGUGUUGGAUAAAGUCUUUGAUGAAAGCCAUGGCUCCAGCCAGACUGGUGACAAGAUAAUCAUUGUCAUGGCAUCUGAGCAAGUGUUUCUGGACAACCAUAGAUUGAGAAAUGUGAUGAACUCCCUGGAAAUGGCUAUGGUCAAACUCUAUGCUCCUGAGAUUGGAGAGUUCAUUAGAAACCAGUGGGUCCCAGAAGAGUUGCAGAAUGUUGGAAGUGAAUGGUUCGUGCUGUCCACAUAUGAAGAUUUUGACAGUUUCCUUUCAGAGUUGGAGAGAGAGACCCUGAAGGAUUCAGCUGAAAAUAUUCCAACUGAUGCACCAGAGCACAGAAACACUAAUGACAGUGGUGACAGCAAGCUGCCUUCCUGGGUGGAGGAGGACAAAGAAGAGGAGGAGGAAAAUGCUUCUGGAACAGAGAUUGCUUUUAUUCUGGAUGGAUCAGGGAGCAUCGAGCCAGAGGAUUUUGAAAGAGCGAAAGCGUUUAUCCACAAGAUGAUGAAAACACUGUAUAAGAAGUGCUUUGAGUGCAAUUUUGCAGUGGUACAGUAUGGGUUUGAAAUCAGAACUGAGUUUGACCUGCGAGAAAACUGGGAUCCUCGUGCCACCCUCCAGAAAGUACUUGAUAUUGUACAGGUGUGCAAUGUGACAAAAACAGCGUCUGCCAUGCAGCAUGUCCUGGAUUCUAUCUUCACCGAAAGUCACGGGUCCCACAAGGAUGCAGCCAAGGUCAUGAUUGUGCUUACAGAUGGGGAAAUACUCCUGGAUGAAAUGAACUUGACAACAGUGAUAAAUUCACCCAAAAUGGCAGGAAUUGAGCGUUAUGCCAUUGGGGUGGGAGAUGCCUUCAAAAAACCAAAGGCCCUAAAUGAAUUGCGCCUAAUUGCAUCUGGUCCAGAUGACACUAAUGUAUUUCAGGUGACCAAUUAUUCAGCAUUAGAUGGGCUGCUCUCAACCCUGCAGCAGAGUAUUACUGGUAUAGAAGGUAUGCAGGGUGAUGCUCUGGAAUAUGAGCUUGCACAAGCUGGUUUCAAUGUGCAAAUCUUGGAUAAGCAAGUCUUAAUGUUUGGUGCAGUGGGGGCCUUUGACUGGUCUGGUGGAAUUCUGCUGUAUGAUCUGGCAACCAAGACAGCUGUUUUCCUGAAUGAAUCUAAAGAAGAAGCCAAAAAAGCAAAAUACAGUUACCUAGGGUACAGUGUGGCAGUGGUACGCACAGAAUACGGGCCCUUGUACGUGGCUGGAGCUCCACGGCACAGCAUGAGAGGGAAGGUGUUGGUGUUUCAGGAUGGCCGUUUAAAACAAACCCUGCAAGGAGAACAGGUUGGCUCUUAUUUUGGAUCUGAGCUCUGCCCACUUGAUGUGAACCAUGAUGGGGUGACAGAUCUUCUCCUUGUUGGAGCUCCAUUUUAUCACAUUCGAGGGGAAGAAGGAAGGGUUUACGUCUAUCGCCUGGAGACAGAGACUGGUUCAUUCACCAUGGAAGGCCACUUAAGCGUGCAGGUGACCUCUCCUUUUGCGAGGUUUGGGUUUACACUGGCCAGCAUUGGAGACAUCAAUGGGGAUGGAUACGAGGAUAUUGCAGUUGGAGCCCCCCUUGAAGAUCAGCUUUUAGAGAGUUCCUCUUUUGGCAGCAUUUACAUCUUUAAUGGUGAUAAAGACAAGAUCAGGAGCUCUUUUUCUCAAAGAGUAAAAGCCUCUGAAAUUUCUUCAGGACUCCAGUAUUUUGGACAAUCCAUUGAUGGUGGCUUUGAUUGCACUAACGACGGCCUCCAAGAUAUUACAGUAGGAUCACUGGAGAAUGUGGUUGUGCUCCGCUCAAGACCAGUUGUCCACUUUCUCACCAGCAUGAGCUUCAACCCUGAGAAAAUCCUAACUUUACAAAAUAACAGCAUUGUUACAGCAAAACUAUGUUUCGAUACGAUCUCAGCUUUACCAGUGUCUCGUCGAGUGUUUUCACAGUUAUACAUUCUCUACACGGUGGACUUAGAUGUGAAAAUGGCAAAGAGGAGAGUACAGUUUGAAGAUCAGAACACCACAACAAGUGGGAAGCUGUUGGUCAGCAAGCACAUGUGCUCUCAGCUGCAGCUUUACUUGCUGCCAUGUGACUUUGACUGUUUUUCCAGCAUUUUUCUGAGAGUAAAACACAAGCUCUAUGAGAAAAAUGGUAACACGGAGUUUGCUGUUCCUGUGCUGGAUAGAUACAAGCCAUCAGAAAUGCAUUUUCAGUUGCCUUACAAGAAGGACUGCGACAACAAGACUGUCUGUAUUGCUCAUUUAACUUUGACAAGUCAGAUUCAAAAGCAAUUAGUGGUGGGCCACACUAAAGAAGUGACCAUGAAUGUUUCACUAAUGAACAGUGGAGAUGACUCGUACAUGACAACUAUGGUCUUGAACUAUCCUAAAAACCUACUUUUUAAGAAGGUGACUCAAUCCUCUCCUGCUAUUCACUGCGGGCAACCGAUACCAUUAACUUCUCUAGUCUCAUCCUGUAACUGCAGUAUUGGGCAUCCAGUAUUCAAGAAGACAACUGCAAAUUUUUCAGUGAUUUGGCAAGUAGAUGAAAGCAUAUUCCAAAAUAAGUCUGCAAUCACCAUUAAGAUCACCAGACCAGUUUCUUUAAUGUACGUGAAUGUUAGCAAAGGACUUCUUGAAAACAAAGAAUUCAAGUUUAAUGUAAAUGGAGAAAAUCGCUUUAAUGCUACCAUCAAGUUACAGAUUUGGAUUCCUAUCAGCAUACAAGGUCACAGCAUAAUAACGGUCAAAAAUGCAUCAGGAACACAGAUCAACUCUGUUCUCCCCACCCACCCCCCCAACCCCUCCAAAAAAGUACAUAUAGAAAGAUCUUAA